UUAGCCACGAAGCUUCAGCUAAGCAGGGGCAGGUGGCUUAGAAGGAUUAUUCGAGAUGUAAAACUAUGAUUUGAAUGAUUCUAUGAGUCGUGGGCUGUAGGAGAAUUUAUAUAUAACAAUGUUUUCUAGUUCUUGUGUCGAACCAGAAGACUGUCAGACUGCCAGACUGCCAGAUAGAUCAAAUUUGAAAUCUCAAGCCAAACUCUGCGCUCAACAAAUGAACAUUGAAUUCCACACGCAUCUCAAAGUUGAGCUUCUAUUCUUCUACCACUAGCAUGCAACAACAAGGGCCUUCAGGCUACUAUAACACUACUCAUUACGGUGGUUACCCGCCUCCGCCGCCGCCGCCGCAACAAUACAGCUAUGGCCCAACCCCCCUAAGAGCGCAUCCACAACAACAGUUCAGUCAAGGCCACGGGUAUGGUAUUCCAGGGGCCUCAACGCUCCCUCAGGGGCUUGAAAUCCUUUUCUUCCGAAUUGAAAAGCACAUUGAAAUCGCUAGAGUCGCUAACCAGCCUGAGGCACUCCUUUUCCUCAAGCUACCCCGUUCUGACAAGCUAGAGGUCAAGGUAUCUCGGGGUCAUGCGAACGGAGAGAUGAUUGCAACAGGAAAGCUACAUGAGUUUACGACAACCAAGGCGGAUAUGACGUUAUGGGGGCGUACUGAGCGCUGGAAAAAUGAAUAUAAUUCGUUCACUGGACUCGGCCAUCUCUUGUGGGAGCUCAGCGGGGAUGCGGGGCUUGCCAUCGAGAGUAACGGCAGGCUACUUGCACGAUACAGAGCGAACGCCAACCAAAUGAAGGCGUCAAAGUUUUCGUUCGGGACCCUAUCCCUUCUUGGGUCCUCAAGUUCAUCUAGUGAAGCUGGGCAAGAGCCCGUGGCUCGUCUGGAGAUCUUCGCGCAGGGCCUGAGCCGAGAACAAUUGGAGGAAAUUAUCGUCGCUACCGUCAUAGAGAGGGAGAGGUUAAAGAAGUCUAAGAAAGACAAGAGAGACAUAGAAAUAAUUAGCGAGGUUCUGGGAGGGGGCUUGGAGGGUGCCUAAGUCGAAGCAUCUAAUUAUGAGUUUUGUCCUGUUAGCAAAGGGUUUGAGAAAAUACAAACUAAGAGAAAUUGACGCUAGCGACUAACUGUGAGCUGUAGUCCUAGGCUUA